CUUCAGCAGCGCGUUUUCCAGCCAUAUCUAUGAUCAAGCCGAUGUAAUGAGAGAAAGACGGUACGGCAGUUAGUGUCUAUCAAGUGGGUUACGAAAGGAAGGAAUGAAAGACGAGAGGAGGUCGAGGAGGUCGAGAGUCAAGAUGUUGUCAAGCUAAGCGGUGCAGGCCAUCCUGAAUGAAGUAUGUCAGCGCUUAGUCAGCCGAAGUGCAAGCGGAGUGCGAAAAUUCUUGGUGCGCCUACAACAGGCCUCAACGUCGACAACGUUGACAAACCAUUCUUGUCCUCUACCCUCAUCAUCCCCCGCCGUCUCAUUACUCACUUUUCUUGGUUUGCAACAUGUGGAGACCUGCCACUCGCGAAGUUACGGGAACUAACGAAAGUGAGCACUUGCAUCAUCUUUGUGUUCACGAACCUGUCUCAAACUGCUUUACAGUACCCCUUGGAAAUAGGCGUCGCUUCGGGCCUGCGCCAGUCGGGGAAACUGCUCCCCCUCAGUUGGCACAGCCGUCCCCUUCAGCGUACCCUCGCCCACAAGUGGCGAGUGAUAGAGAGAGCUCUCAGGGCAGCCGAAAUGAAUCACCGGCGCCCAAUGCUUCAGCUGACCCAAAUGCCCCACGAAAGCGACGCAGUCGUUGGGGUGACGCGAAGACCGAGAUUCCUGGAUUGCCUACCGCCAUCUCCGCCAACGGUGUCUCCCAGGCUCAUCUCGACAACUACGCCAUUCAUCUGCGGUUGGAAGAAAUCAACCGGAAGCUCAGGUUGAAUGACUUUAUCCCUCCCGAGCGUGAACGCUCGCCAUCUCCACCACCGACAUACGAUGCUCACGGUCGUCGUACUAACACACGUGAAGUUCGCUACCGCAAAAAGCUCGAAGACGAGCGCAUCCGUCUCGUUGAUCGUGCUAUGAAGAAUGAUCCCAACUUUCGUCCCCCCGUUGAGUAUCAUCAGCAGAAACGUUCCCAGCGACCCUCCGAGAAGGUCUAUAUUCCGGUCAAGGAAUUCCCAGAGAUCAACUUCUUUGGUUUACUGGUUGGUCCCCGUGGUAACAGUUUAAAGAAGAUGGAGAGAGACAGUGGAGCCAAAAUCAGCAUUCGUGGAAAGGGGAGUGUCAAGGAGGGGAAAGCCAGACCCGAGCAAUAUGCUGAAGAUGCGGAAGAAGACCUCCACUGCCUUGUCACUGCUGACUCUGACGACAAGGUUACAGCCUGUGUUCGUAUGAUAAACAGAGUCAUCGAGACUGCUGCCUCCACCCCCGAGGGUCAAAAUGACCACAAGCGUAAUCAACUCCGUGAGCUUGCGGCUCUGAACGGAACUCUUCGAGAUGAUGAAAAUCAAAUCUGUCAAAACUGUGGGGGUGUCGGUCAUCGCAAGUAUGAUUGCCCAGAGCAGCGUAACUUCACGGCAAACAUCAUCUGUCGUGUUUGCGGUAGUGCGGGGCAUAUGGCUCGUGAUUGUACUGUAAACAGGGACCCCAACGCAAUUCAUGCGCCCCCGCCACCCUCAUCUUCCAUGGCUUUGACGAAAGGCGGCUUCGAUUCGGAGUAUGCCAGUUUAAUGGCGGAGUUAGGAGAAGGGGGAAAGGGACCAGGUGGAGACGCAGGAAAGCCAUGGACCGGCUCGGCUGGACACGAUAUCACCGCUGGCGGUUCCAACAUCCCCCCUUGGCGUCGCCCAGAAGUUUGGCAGAGCAGUACGACAAACGUUCCCCAGCAGAAUACUGGCUUCCGUCCUCCUCAAGCAGGUUACGCUGGAGGAUACUCUGCAGGAGGUUAUGGCGGUGCCGCUCAAUGGGGCCAACCAGGCUAUGGUCAGAGUGGCGGCGGCAGCGGCUACUAUGCUCAAACCCAGGAAUACGGUGCAAAUUACGCACAAUACUACCAAAGCCAAUAUGCUCAACAGACUGGUACCCCAGCACACUAACCCGACUUAUUCUCACCUCGCAGCACUUGCAAAACUCACAUUCCGUAAUGAUAUCAUUUCACUUUUCGUCAGCUUCUGGACCCAGUCCCCUCCUACCGACGCGAUCGGGGUUUGGAAGUGUGGCAGGUAUACGUGACUCAUGUUUCUUUCGGUUAGAACGUUGACGGAUUGACGCAUACUCACCUGACGACUGACCUCGUUGACGUUUCUCAGCUUAGCAUCCUUGUUUCACUUUUCUGUUUCGUCUGUGUAGCUCACCCUUCUUUUAACAUAGCAAACGUGUAUUCUCUGAUACGAUACCAGCUUGUACUGAAUUGAAAGUACUGAUCUCAGAGUGAAUUUGACAUCAUAUGUGUGCUAUCUUGAGUG